AUGGAAGAAUUAUUCAUUCAUUCAUUCAUUCAAGACUUCGAGCGUCCCAAAAAGCUUAUCGAGCACACCUCACAGCACUUUUACAAGAAGAUUAUAGAAUUGAAAUCCGCCACGACUAUCGAUGAACUUCACAUUGCCACGCUCGAAAACUACUGUCAACAACUCAAAAGAAAGAAAGACAUCUUAUCACCACUCGAUGAACAAAUUGCGAAAGCUAUCACCAAACCCGAAGACCUUGAAUGUGAGAUUUUUGAAACGGAAGAAAUGCACAGCACAAUUGACGAAAGGUUCAGUGAACUUACCACAUUUAUUGAGGUAAAACGUAACGAAUUAAAGCUUAACGUUACUGUACAAUCAUCCAAUAACACUAAUGAGUCAUCCCCAGAAACCUCACCCCAAUCAGAACAGCCUAUUCAACAGGAAAAUAUCCAUCAACCAGAAAUGAGUCAAAGCCCAGUUGGACCCAAUUCCCAAACAGAGGAAACCUCAGCUUCCAACAACACUAUUCAAAAUCAAACACUGAUAAAUAACAAUAACAAUGGUGCCAGGGCCAGUGGUUCUUAUCCAUCAGUUAGUCGACUGCCAAAGUUAUCCCUACCUACAUUUUCUGGGGACCCCCAUUGCCUGGCAAAACUUCUGGGACUCGUUUAA